AUGACACCGCUUCCCGGGCCCUGCCAAGCACCACAGGAGCCCCGCCUCGACGUCAGAGACCUCACCAAGCUUCUGGUGAUCGAGCGCAGCCUCCACAGCGCCGGAAUUUCCCCCGACACCGCCGCCACUGGCCAGCAGUCGAAAGCUACCAACAUGAGAAUUGGCAAGCUCAACACUCUCAUGGAGGACCACCUACUCCACAUCCCUCUCUCCAACGAUCUCAAGCUCAGAGCUCAGCGCCAGCCACAAACCAAGGUCCUCCUCAAGAUCCUCAGGAUCAGGCGCCUCGUCCGUGCCUUCGUCUCCAAGCACGUCGUCGGCCGCGUCGCCACGGCGCUGGGUGGCGCCAGGGUGGUGCUCCUCGACCUUCUAAGCAAGAAGGCCGGCGCCGUCGAGCUGACGAGGAAGAUCGUCAAGCGGAAGCGGAGGAACAGGAGCAAGGAUCCGCCCUGCAUUUGCGGCGUCUGUGUCGAAAUGCACCUCGACCUGCUCCCGCCAUCAUCGUCGUCGUGGCCGGAGAGGACGGCUGUCCUGGAGCCGCAUGAGGCUGUGUUACACUAUUCCUACUAUGACCCGACCUGGAACAUGGUGAUCCCUGCUGAACUGCAGCUGCAACCGAUUGCCAGGUAUCUUGAGUGGCAUGACGAAGAGCGUCAAAUAGAAGACGACGAUGAUGAAGAGGAGGAUGCUGAUAGUUGCAACGAGAUUGACAACCUUGCCGAGAGGUUCAUCGCGAGGUGUCAUGAGAGGUUCAUGCUGGAGAAGCAGGAGUCAUACCGGAGGUACCAGGAGAUGCUGGCCAGAAGCUUGUAG